GCUUCUUUGUGAAAAACGCAGUAAUAGUAUUUCGUAGGCUGCCAAUGGAAAUCUGUCUCACUGCAGGCAUGAACGGCUGCCUGUUGGGCCCCGGGUGCCCCACAAACUUUUGCCUGUACCUGUUGGUGAUACAGAGUCAGACUCCGGACCCCUCUAGCUCGGUGCUGCCUACACUGAUGGGCAGCGGCUGCCCAGGGUUUCAGGCAGGGCGCUUGGAGAGAUUCUAGUCCUCAUGGCUCUGAGCAAAAGGGCCGAAGUAAAUCGGAACAUGGGAAGCCGCCUUAUGCAGACUCUUGGGUCCCCCCAAGCGGAAUACUGUCCACACUGACUGACAGCAGUGGCUCUUCAGGAUUGCAGGCGGGGGUCUUGGUCCCGCCCACCUGGCCCCCUCUCCCCUAGGGCUGGGCACACCAGCGCCCCGCCCUGCCCGAGGAGCCCCGCUGCAGAGCCGCUUCCGUGGGGCGGAGGCGCGCAGCGAUGACGUUUUGCUUCCGGCGCGGAAAAGAGGAUUGUGGGAAAGGAAAAAAAGAUGGCGUCUACCAAGAGGGUGCUCUAUGUGGGUGAGUGAGAGCGCGGGAGGCGGGGAAAAGGGGCGGGGAAGGGGGAAGGGGAUGGCGACCCCCGGGACCCCCGACUUAAGCGCGUGGCCUUGGUGCGUCUUUCAGGCGGGCUGGCGGAGGAGGUGGACGAGCGGGUGCUCCACGCAGCCUUCAUCCCUUUCGGUGACAUCACGGAUAUCCAGAUCCCCUUGGACUACGAAACAGGUGAGGAGGAGGAAGCGGGGGGCGCGUGGCUUCGUAGCUACAGCAGCAGCAGCCUCGGACGGCUUUCUAGAGGCUUUGGACUACAACUCCCAUCAGCCCCGGUCCAAAACCUGUGGAGGGCGGAGUUCCCGGCGUUGGGGAAGGCUGAGCUGGAGGGCGGGAUUUUUCUCCUGCAUCUUGAGCCGAGAGAGGAUUCCUGCAGGUGGUAACUUUGCCAUGCAUGGCGUACGGGGAUCUUCUCUGCUGCAGGGCUAAUGCUGAAGGUGCAGGAGCUCUAUCACGGCCACCCUCGGCAUGCAGUGAUUCCUGCUGCUUUGAAAGGCGUUUCCCUCUGGCGUGGGAUAUGUUUCUUCCCCAAAUCCCUGCUUGUCCCCUGCAAGUGGGUUUGAAAAUGGGCCCUGUGUGUUAGGGUGUGCAGGAUGCCAGAGAGGAUAGAGAUCCUGCACCUUGAACAGUCGUGUUAAAGAGGGGAACCCACACCUGGCAUGAGAAGCCGUGCCUGUUGAAAUGGCUCCGUUUGCACAACUGCUCAAGAUGCUGGAGCCCUGUCCUCUCUUGCCUCCUCCUACUGGAGGUCUUCCCAUGGAGAGAAGCGAUGCUUUGGAUUCCUAAGGAAAUACUUGAAUUUUUAGGCCACCACGUUACAUUUGAUAUUGUAUGCCUUAAGUGGGGACUCUAAUAGCAGGUGGCUCAGAUGCUAAGACUUUUUCCAAACUGUGACAGAGGUGAGGUAUCCUUAGGUUUAGUCUUGACAGCAUAACAUACUGUACUUGUUCUCAAAUGAGACUCAUGAGCUGCAACUGUUCAUCGUAACUCCUGAAUGACCCACUGAGUUCCUCUUUGGCUUUUUAGCUUCUGGUGUAUGAGCUCCAUAAACAUUUUUUCCAUAAAUGAAAUAUGAAAAAGAGUGUACCCAAUGUUUUGCACCAUCUAUAAUAAUUUCACUCCACAGUGUUUGUUAAUUAUUUAAUUGCGUUGUUCUGUUCCAGACAUUUCGACCUUAGAUUAGUUCAAACCCAUCCAGAUGGGCAGAGUAUAAAUAAAUUAUUAUUUUUUAUUUAGUAGUAUUAGGAGUUUAGCUCUGAAUUCCUACUUCAGCAUGAUGCAGAUUGGUUUUAGAUCUGUACUUACAAAUUGAUCCUGACAAAAAACAGAACUUCUUAUGGAGAACUUUUAGUCCAUGAUCUUUGUGGUUUCUUGCUUCCUAUAUUCUCUGAGAAAAAACAGCAUCCAGGUGGUAGAAUGAAAGUGAAUUUCUGAGCACUUUACUCCUGCUCACUAAAUGGUCUGCUAGUAACAUGCCAUUAAUCAAUUGGACGGGGCUUUUGAAAUGUCAGUGUGAGACAUUUUGCUUCUCUUUGCAAUCUUGUUUUUUGUCUGCCUUGGAGCCUUUGAGUGCUAACUUUUCUCUUGUAUUUCUGCAGAAAAACAUCGAGGUUUUGCUUUCAUUGAAUUUGAGCUGGCUGAGGUGAGGAAUAGCAGAGGGGGGAAUUUUGAGGUGGAUUUUCAGAUUUGUUGAUCUUUUCCUCAUCCAUUUUCCCUCAUGUUUGCUGAACUGCUGGUGGGGUGGUGGUGGCGGUGGUGGUUAAAAAGGGUGCUGACUUGGGUAGUGGCUGGGUUUAAUCAAAGAAGGAAGGGUUGGCCAUUAGAUAAUCAAGGCUUUUGAGGGCAGGGGAAACUUCUUGAUUUUCCAGGAAUAUUUUUAUAGUUGCUUGAAUAAUUAAAAUUGAAUGAGCAGUAGAGAGUAAAUGUAAAUGUAUCUUGGGUCAGAAAGCAGUGUUUGAAGGCACCCUUAGGAUUACAGUGGAACAGAAGCUUGUAUUGCUUAACCAUGCAGAAUCAUGACUCUUCCUCAUUACAUUCCUGUUGCUUCAGUUAAAUUUCAGAGCAUGCAACUGUUGAAACUGUGAAUGGGCAGAAUUGUAGACUGGUGUUCAAAAGUGUAUUUCUGUCUUUGUAAGCCUGUAGCGAUAAUGUGCCUGACUAUCUGCUGCUUCUUGUGGGUCCUAGGGACAAUUUCUCUCUCAAACUUAAUACUUCUUGGGAUAGGGACACCAAGCUGGAGUGAACUAGAUGAGCAAGUAAGCACAUAGUAAAAUCUAUAUUUUUCCUUUUAGGAUGCUGCAGCCGCCAUUGACAACAUGGUAAAUUGAUCUUACUUGCUUUUCUGGAAAGUUCAAAUGAUGCCCCUGCUCUGGAUUCCAUUUCAUGGGAAGAAAGCAGCCCAGACACCUUGGGCCACCCUUCUGUGGUGCUUUACACAGCCUCCUCAUGCAAAAAUGUUAGUUUCAGGUGGCCUUUGAGAACUAAGAAUUGAAAGAUCUGUUAUCUCCUUGCUAUUCAUUGGCCUGAUUCACACAACACUAAACCAGCUGUUUUUAUUAAUUAAUUUAUAUACCAUUUAAUUGGCAAAGUGACUUCUUUGUCACCCAGUGGGUGUGAUCUUGGGCUAGUUGCUUCCUCUUAGCCUAGUCUACCUCACAGGGUAGUUGCGAGUAUAAAAUGAAGGGGUGUUGCUCUGAACUCUGGCAGAAGGGUGGGAUAAAAAUAUGUCAUUAAAUAAUACUGUCCCCCUUUCUAGAAUGAAUCUGAGCUCUUUGGGAGGACUAUUCGUGUCAACCUGGCCAAGCCGAUGAGGAUUAAGGAAGGAUCAUCCCGCCCAGGUGAGGCAUGGAACUGAGAUUGGUGCCACAAGCCAAUAGUCUUAGCUAUUGUGUGUGAGGAAACCAUUGUAUUUUAUACCUUGAUGGCAAAAAGAUCAAUACUAGAUUCUUUUUUCUCAAGAGCACCUUCUGUUUCUCUUUGACAGUUUGGUCAGAUGAUGACUGGCUGAAGAAAUUUUCAGGAAAGACGCUGGAGGAGAAUGUGGAGGAAGAAGGGGCAGAGCCUGCCCGAUCGGAGACCCAGGAGGUACAUAGGCAUUACCUUGGCUUGUGGUGGGAGCAUGCAGCGCUCUGUAGUUGCAACAUCUUUUGGGGGACAUAACUAUUGAGCCACAUUUACACAGGGGGCUUCUUACUAAUAAUCUGUUUCACUUGCUGAGCACCUUAAGUUGCAGAGUACCCCUGCACAGUUUAGCCUGCACAGCCUCUUUGCCUACCUGCACAAUGGAUGGUAGUGUUACGCCAGUGCACACCAGGUUGCCUAACAACUGAGUGCAGUUUGGAGGCAUGGCAUGCUCUUCUUCCACAUCACACACACCUUAAGAGGGGUUUCUUUGCUUUCAGAGGUGGCAAAAUUCACUUAGAGAUCACAGCGGCAACAAUAAUAAUAAUACAUUUAUAAAGUGCUUUGAAGUAUUUAGUUGCUUCCUGUACAUAAUCACAGUAAUCCUUACAACAAUCCUGUUAAGGCUGGUCACAUAGAGAUAGCGGCUUUGCUGUGGUCGCUUUCAAACUCAUGGUUGAGGCGACUAGGGUUUUGGACUUGGAAAAAGCUCUGUUUUUCUUCUAGGGUGAACCACCAGCAAAAAAAUCAAGGGCAAACCCCCAGGUUUACAUGGACAUCAAGAUUGGAAACAAGCCUGCUGGUCGAUUGAACAUCCUGUUGCGAUCAGAUAUUGUACCUAUGACCACCGGUAAGAAAAGGCUCCUUUUUGUACAGUGACAGGUUGGAAACCCCAGAUUUCCCCCCGUAGUAUUUCAGAUCAACUGCCUAGAUCCGCCUCGCUCUGCUUUUUGAAGAUGGAGGACAACAUUUCAGCACCUCACCCUUUCUCUUUCUUAAGAAUUCCUAUAGAUGGCAGGCACUUGCUGAUAUCCAAUGUUCAUUGCAUUCAGAGUGGACCCAUUGAUUUCAGUGGGUCUACUCUGAGUGUGACUAUCAUUAGAUGUCACACAGCAGCUCUGAAGUAACAUCUGUAAGCGUCCUUUGGCCCUGGAGAUUUGAUUUCAAGUAGUUACAUGUUCUCUAGCAUUGUUUCUUUUAAUCCUGGGCUGCAAAUCCCUCUGCCUUCCCAGUUGAACAUAAGACUGAGUCAAAACAGAAUAAUUUUGUCUUUUCCUGCUUAUCCAUUAAUGUUCUGCCAUUUCCUGAAGCAGCAUACUUACUCCCUUAUUUUCCUCCUUGCUCUGAAGUGAGCUAAAGAAGCCCCUCUCCUUUACUGUGUUCUGCAUCCUUUGCAAACAUGGGAAAAGGCCAUUUUACUUGUCUCGUUUUCUCCUGCAGUAGAAGUACUGACAUUAUUGUUUAUUUCUACAUAUAUUAGAUACCGUUGCAUUGUUUUUAAUUUUUAGAAUUCAGUUGGAAUCAUUUUUACAUUAUCAGUGUAGUCAGGGCUUUUUUUUCAACCAGAACUAACCAGAACUCAGUUCUGGCCCCUCUCCUCUCAGGUGGGUGCCAUUGCCAUUAUCGGAGAAUAAGUGAGGUGUUCAUGGUGAGUUCAGACACCUUUUUUCUAGAAAAAUAGCACAGAGUAUAGUAGAAUUAUUCUAAAGAAGACUGAAGAGGCUGAACUAUUACCUCAUUCAGCUACGUUUUGUUGUAUGAAAUGAGGCUGUUUUUGUAGCUGUCAGGCCUGGGCAAUAUAUUGAUAUAUUGCCCAGGACCAGUAUGAGGGGUAGACUGUGAAUGUGGUUUCACUAAGCGGUAUAUCGCUAGUGAAAUCCCCACUGCUCCCUUGUCCCGCCAGUGCCCAGCACAGUGAGGGAGAAACAAGCUGCAGCUGGCCACUGGAAGAAGUGGAACUCAGAGCUGUGGCGCGAAACUGCCAUCGCGGUCUGCCCCUUAUGCCAACACAGAGGGAGAACCAAGCUGCAUUGGCCAGGUGCCGAUACAGCUUGUUCCUCCCUCCGAGUCUUUAAACUGCUUGGCUGACAAGUGCAUGGCUGCCCUCGCCACAGCCAAGCAGUUUUAAAGAGCCCCCAACCUGCCAGUGGCUCGUGUGAGGCAACAUCGGCGUGGAGGCUCCGUUAAACUGUAACCGCUCGCGGCUGAGGAAGCCUUGAGCCUUCUCCUGUUAGCAUGCAUGGGAGUGGGAGGCUUUGCGCUCCCUGGCUGAGGUGUGCAAAUAAGCCCCCAUCCCUCCGGCAUGCGCGCGUGUCAGAUGGAUGGGGAUCUUGCUCAGAGUCUUUGCGCUUUCUGGCUGAGAGGGCCGUGCCAGCGAAGGUGAAAGGGAGCCCUGACGACGGAGUCUGCCAGGUUCCAUCGCAGUGCUUCCUCUGUUUUUUGGCAAGGGAGGGUGCGAGCAAGCAGCCUCUUUCUCAUAGGAAAAGGAGGCUGCUUGCACACCCACCCACACUCUUGCUGGCGAAGCUGAAGGAUCCCUGUGAACAGAUCCUGUCAGGCUCUGUUCUCAGGGAUGCCUCCAUCUUUGCCGACAAGGAGAGGGCAAGCAAGCAACUUCUUUCUCCCAAGAAAAGGAGGCUGCUUGCCCGCCCCUCACACCUUGCUGGCAAAGGCGAAGGGAGCCUUGCAAACUGAGUCUGUCGGGCUCCGUCACAGGGCUCCCUCCCAUCUUGGGGAGUGGAGGGCUAGUUCAGUUGGGGGGACGGGAGCCUUCAUGCCCUCCAGCUGAGCAGUGGGCUGGGGCCAGCUGCAUUGCUGAAAGCACCUCAGCUGCUGCACAGAGAGAGCUGAAGUAGUCUCAACUGGAGCCUCGCAGGCUGGGGCCCAUGCAGCUCUUUUCAAUUGCGAUGUUGGGUUGGUGAUGUUGAAACCUAGUAUCGCCCAGCCCUAGCUGCUAUAACCCCCUUCGUUGUCCUCCUUAAUUUUGAACAUUUCUGUUUUGACCCUCCUGGAUUGCAGAGAACUUCCGCUGCCUGUGCACACAUGAAAAGGGCUUUGGCUUCAAGGGGAGCAGCUUCCAUCGUGUCAUCCCUCAGUUCAUGUGCCAAGCGGGAGAUUUUACCAACCACAAUGGCACUGGGGGCAAAUCUAUCUACGGGAAGAAAUUUGAUGAUGAAAAUUUUAUCCUGAAGCACACAGGGGCAGGUAAGUAACAAGAGUUGCUGGGGUGGAGGGUGCACUUAUUUGCCCUUGAGUUGGUCAGGCAGUUUGGAGUCGAGGUUCUCUUGAUCUUUUGACUUGAGCCUCCUGCUUUAAUUGCUGUGUUGUUUUGAAUUAUUUUAUUGUGUAUUUUAGUUAUGGAUGCUUAUAUUUUAAUAUUAGCAUAACCACUUUAUAAUUUGUAAAUGACUUAGAAGCCUAUUUUGGCAGAUGCAUACAUUAAUGAAUACUAAUAAUAUCCAGCAGGUUUGUGCCAAGUUGGCGUAUUCCCCAGAGUCUGCUCUUUGGUGGUGCAGGGAUAAGUUGGGGUGUUGUUAUCCUCCUUCCCUUCACUCCAACCAGCCACCACCAUCAAAUAGUCAAGUGGGCUUCCUAAGGCCAUCUUGCCCAAGACACCUGGUCCCCUACUUCUUGCAUUGAAGCUAGCUCUGCACAAAAGAAUCCAGGUUCCUCAACACUGCUUACUGCAAAUGAGGCAGAAUUGUUUCUUUUACUUAGCUUUAUUCUAAGAGUGUUAGUUUUUACAUAAUCUUUCAAAUUUCAAGUUUCCAGGCAAAGAAUUGAAGGAAGUGGGAGUUGUUAGAUUUUGGGGCGGGGAUAUAUUGCAAAAAUGCAAAGUGUGAAACAUUUAUAUCUCCCAAAUGGUGGUAGUUGGUUUUUUAAAAAUAUAUAAUUAAAUGCAGGUUUAGAAGAUGCUACAGGAUCUUCUAGUCUUCCAAAGCUGGAGGUGCAGGAGUUCAGUCUCAACUCCUUGUCUUGUCUCGUCUUGUCACCUGUUCCCUUUUCCUCAAUUUGUUAUAAACACACACACACACAGAGAUAGAUUUUUUUAUUCCAGAUUUGGAGGAAAUUCUUAAAAGGACGGCUUAUGUCUUUGUAGGCUUGCUGUCCAUGGCCAAUUCUGGCCCCAACACCAACGGCUCACAGUUCUUCAUCACAUGUGAUAAGACUGACUGGCUGGAUGGGAAGCACGUGGUCUUUGGAGAGGUGACGGAAGGAAUGGACGUGGUGCGGCAGAUUGAGGUUAGAAAGCCAGAGGGACUGAAAUGUCCUGGCACGUUUUUAUUUCUUCCUUUAACCUGACUUUAACAUCUGCUCCUUUCUCUCUUUAUUAUAAAGGCCGAAGGCAGCAAAGAUGGGAAACCAAAGCAAAAAGUUAUCAUCUCGGACUGUGGUGAAUAUGUGUGAAUGUUUGUGCAAGCAGAAGUGAACUGGAAAUACCUAACGAAAUGAGCAGAGCACCACAUCACAUGGUUACAAAAAGUGUAUUUGUAUGUCCUUACUGAGAUCUGUAGAUUCUAAAGAAAUCUAUUUUGUACAGAACUUUUCCUCCUAUAAAUAAAUUAUAGCUAUUUUUUUACACCUGGC